AUGACCGUGGUGGGUCUCAUCAGCAAGAGCUAUGAGUCAGCAUACAGUAAGGAGGUGCAAUGGCUAACAGACUGGUGCAGAGCCAACAACCUGUCUCUGAACAUGGACAAAACGAAAGAGAUUGUUGUUGACUUCAGGAGAGCAUGGAGCGACUGGUCUGCUCUGAACAUCGACGGCUCUUCUGUGGAGAUCAUCAAGAGUGCCAAAUUCCUUGGUGAUAACUGUUCCGGUUUCAUCACUCCACUAUUAGAGAGAGAUUACCUCUCGCCAAUGUAUGGUCUGGAAUUUGCCAUUGGCUUCAUCGGAAACCUAGUGGUGAUCCUAGGCUAUAUCUUUUGCCUCCCUGCUUGGAAGUCCACAAACGUGUACCUGUUUAACCUGUCUGUGUCUGACCUCAUCUUCCUGUGUACUUUACCUGAGCUAUCCUAUAACUAUGCUCACAACCUGAAGAAGUUCAAUUCUGCACUAUGUGUGGUUAAUCGCUACAUCCUCCAUGUGAACUUGUACUCUAGCAUCCUUUUCAUGAUGUGGGUAAGUGUGGACAGGUUCUUGUUGCUGUGUCACCCACAGCGAGAACACAUCUUGUUGACUCUCAAGGCCGCAUUAUGUAUCACCAUACUGAACUGGAUCUGGGUGAACGCUCAAAUCACUCCCCUCAUCAUCUUCAUUAUCCAGGACUUGGAGCAAAAUGGCUGGACAGUGUGUCGUGAUUUUGCAAGCCUGGGAGUGGCAAAAGUUACUCUGAUUUACAGCAUAGUGCUCACCAUAACUGGAUAUGUGAUGCCCCUGGGGGCUUUGUUUCUAUCAUCCCAAAGGAUGGUUUCUGUACUUGUGAAAAGAGAGGAGGUGCUUGGGACAUCCUUCCAAAGGCCAGUAAGAAUUGUGAGAGUUGCAGCAAUCAUGUUUCUGGUGCUCUACACACCCAUCCAUAUAAUGAGGAAUGUGCGUCUUGCAUCACGGCUUUCUGAACUAAAUUUGUCACAGUGCACCGUAGACUACAUCAAUGCGGCUUACAUAGUGACACGGCCAAUUGGAUUUGCUCACAGUGCCAUCAACCCUGUGUUUUACUUCCUCAUGACAGACAGCUUUAAAGAAGCACUGCAUGACAAGUGGAGGCAGCUUAAAAGGAUGUUAAUGACUGCAUCAUAAGCAAGUCUGACCUAUCAAGCAAAGACAACACUAAUAACAAUUGACUUUAACUUCCAAAUCUUACUGUUGCUUUCAAAUCGUACUUAAGCAUCAUUCUUACAAAAGAUAUUUAUUUAGUUGGUGAUGAUGAUGACAAUGAGCCACAUCACCCGAAAUCCCCAAUAGGUGUUCAGUUGAGCUUAGACCUGUGACUGUGAAAGCCAUAGCAUAUGAUUUGCAUUUUUAUACUCAUUAAACCAUUCAGUGAGCCCAUUUGCCCUGUGGAUAGGGUCAUCCUGGAAGUUACCACUCCCAACAGAAUAGGAAUGUUUAAUCACAUGAUAAAUUUGAUCAAUUGGACAAAUACAUUUUUGA